AUGAUCCGCCAAAAGGAUCCGCCGCCAGAUGGAAGCAAGGUGUGCAGCAGCAACGUCAUCCACCCACAGGUCGUGUGUGUCACCAUUUUGCUAGCAGAGCAGAGAGCAGUUGCUCGCAGGCCAGGCCACGGCGCUUGGAGGACGGAAUCGGGCAAUGGUGCUGUCGGGGCUCGACUGGCGAUGCAGGGUCUUUUUGGGCCGUUCUGGGCCGGUUUUGGGACCGGUCAAUCACUUACAUGUGGAAAUACUAUGUUGUAUCGUAAGGACCGGACCUUACUUGCUCUGACGGUGUCUGCCGGCGAUUCUUUUGUGCAGUCUCACGCUGCGUUCCUUCAAAUUUCUUUUUUCUUUGGGCUCUGGGCUUUGGGCUUUGGUCUUAUUACGUCUGCUCCUGCCCCCUAUUAA